AUGCCGAAAAUCCAGCUCGGAACUCCCCAAGAGAAGGAGCUCACUGCACUGGUGUUGGAAAAGCUUAACGAUUUUGGAUGGGCUGACAACGAUGUGCUUGCCAACUUCAUCGUGGUCAUGGUUGCGAACGAAAAGUCCAAGGACGAUAUCAUUGCCGAGUUGAACGACAUUUUGCCCGGUCAAGCAAUGGAGUUUGCGGACUGGCUCUUUGAGGAGAUUGAUAUCCGCUACGGUGACGGUAUGGCACAGGCACCACCAGAAGUGGCACAACCAGUCGAGGCUGAAGUGGAGGAUCAGAGCGCAGAACCCAUGGACACAACAUCAACCAGAUCACGCCCUUCAGAGCCUCGCCCAGCAGGAAGACUUUUGCAGACGGCGAUCAGCAGUGCGACUAGAGCCGUGCCCGCUGCAGCACAUAGACAGGCACCCUCAAGAGUCUACGGAGGCGAGAGGCGGGAGCGUCGCGAGCCACGUGAGAAAAGCACAAGCCCUAUGCGCUCCAGAGAAGGACUGACGACAAGAGGCAAGGAAGAAAGGAUCCGGUUCAAGAGAACAGACGAAGAGAUUUCUCAGGAUGAGGCAAGGAUUUCAUCUCGUCUUGGUACCAGGGGAGGCCGCGAUAGUUCGGCGAAUGGUCGGGCGGAUCCCUUGCGCGGACGACUUGGACGUAUCGAGGAUCGGCUUGGCAAGCGGGAAGAUAUCAGCCCCCGGAGGCAGCAGCGCGAUCGCUCAUGGGACAAUGGCAAUGACUACCACGACCGCCGCAACAACAGGAACAAUGGUCGGCCCAUGAGCAGGGAAGCCGCCCUGAGGGACAUUGAGAGGCGUCUCGGAACCCACCCUGUCACCAACCACCCUGGCAGCGACAACGAGAACGAGGAGGAUACCCCACGUCAGCCUGCGUCUUGGACCAGAGACCCAGAGCGUAUGCUCAGAGUCGAAGCGGAACGGACCCGUCAGGCGAUCGAAAUGGAGUCUAACGGAAUCGUGCGUUGCAAGUUCUGGCCCAACUGCGCUCAAGGAGAGGACUGCCAAUUCUGGCACCCUAAGGCGCUCUGCACGGACUACCCCAACUGCCCCAAGACCGCCGAUACCUGUCUCUAUGUUCACCCGCUUGCUGAGCCUACAACCGAGCAGGUGGCUGCCGCCGCUCGUCAGGCCCUCAUGCAGUCUAUGCGCAACAACACCAACCCUAGCGGCACCCCUUUGAAUGCUCUGCAGAUGCCUUUUGCUUUGGGAUCCCAGCGGUCGGACGAUUGCAAGUUUGGAGCUCGAUGCACACGGGCCGACUGCAAAUUCCGUCAUCCAGAGGGCUCACACAACCAGCAAUCACCUCAACAGUCGCAGCAGCAGCAGCUCUGCCGGUUCUAUCCUCACUGUACCAAACCCAACUGCCCAUUUUUCCAUCCAGCGGCAACGGAUGCAACAGAAGACUCGAGCAUGGACACUGCAGGAGCAGCGGAUGGUCAGGAGGUUGUCAACAGACUUCCAGUUCCUUGCCGUUUUGGAGACCAGUGCACGCGUCCCGGAUGUCAUUUUACUCAUCCUCGUGAUGGAGCUAGCACUUCCAGCGGCAUGCCCUUGUGCAAGUUUAACCCAUGCACUAGGCCAGGAUGCCCUUUCCGACAUGCACCCGGAACAUCAACAGCAGGCGCGAUCGGACAGAACCGGUCCUUGGUUCUCAAUGGAGCAGGAGCUAAGCCCAAGAUGAGCGAGCGGUUCUCGGGAGGCGUUGUAACCGAGGGAGAGGUGGAGAAGCUCCAUGUGCCCGCAAGCGUCUACUGGUCUGGAGCUGCUCCUAACCGCGUCAUUACCAACAACUCUGUACCAGGACAGACUCCGAAUCAGGCUGAGAUGGAGGCUGCUGAACUCGCUGCUGCUGCUGAGAUGGACAUGGAUAUGGAUGGCGACCUUUAG